CUUACGCGCAUGCGCAUUGUCAUGUCAAUAACAGCAGCUGUGCGGGCUUAUUUUGUUUCGCGCAGGUUUAUCAAAUAGACGGAGAAGCGGCAGAAAACCGCAGAAAACAUUAAUACAUUAGUUGCGUUCGCGAAAUAGAGAUUUAUAGAAGCUUCGAGCGUCGGUGAAAUGAAUGAAAUAUGAGCCAUGAUUCACAGCUAGCACACAGACAUCGAGUUUGAGAUAAGUUACUACAGCCGAGCUCAUCUUUAAAUAUCGUCAUCUCGGCUUAUAUCUCCUGAAUAAUGGAAAUAAACUGAUGGAUUUGAGCAGGGAUGUGUUUAUGUGCUUUUAGUAGAGGUGGUAUAAUGUGUUCAGUGUAGCAUGACACUGCAGAUUCUUCAUCUCAAUAACAAGAAAACCAAGUCAUACACACGAGAUCUACUGGCCUGAGAUUCACAGAAAUGCUAACAGAAAGCAGAAAGCGUCAGCGUGCUGAAGGUGAUGAUGAAGAUAUUCAGAUGCCUCAGGCCAAGAGACUGUCUUCUGCUUUCAAGAGCUCUGAAACAGCCCGAGAGUCAUGGGAGUCAGAGUCUUCCAGUAGUGAGAGCAGUUGGAUGAGCAGUCCAGAGCACACCGCCGGGACCAGCAGCGCUUGUGGAGUGGAUGUUAUUGGGCCACACAGUGGUUAUGGCCCCUGCAGUCCCUUCAGUGCCUCUAAACCGCUUGGCCCCGUGGGUCUGCUCUCCUACCAACACAUCAACCGUGUCCUGAGAGAAGCCCACUUCCACAGCUUAGAGAGCAGAGCUCAAUCCAAACACGUCAGGUGACUUUCAGGGACACUUAAAUUCAUUCCGCCCCUCAGAAGACAGGGUCAAAUCUCCAUCUUCAUCCUCAAAACCGCUCCUACUGUCUACGUCUCUCUCCUAGAGCUCACGUUAUGCUAACAAGUCUUUGGAUGGAAAAUAUGCCCUGCUGAUACUAAAAACUCAUUGACUAAGUAGAGCACUAAUGUGUUUAUUGUAAGCAAUAACGGUAAAUUGACUGAUGCAAACAUUUGUGACAUUGGCACUGUGUAUAUUCGGAAUAAUGCACAGUUUGUUGGGAAUUUACGCUCGGGAUAUUAUAUUUAUUUGAUUUUGUUUUGCUUCGUGCAGAGCACGUGACAUUUCAGCUGACAAUGCACAUUUGGGUGGAGGCAUAAACGUGACUUAAACCAAACAUGGUGAAAUACCACAGUGCACCUCUGCUUAUUACAAAUGCAUCACUCAGCCAGUCUGUACAAACCCUGUGUGCUGAUGGUUGAUAAUGAGCAUAUGUGGCUAUUAUCCCUACAAUCUUUUAGGAUCUUUUUACUCUCAUCCAUUAAUAAAGCUGGUCAGUUUCAUGCCCCUGUGA